AUGUCAAUCUACAUUAAGCAAAAAUUUCUUCAAGUGCUCCCUGCAUCGUCGGCGCCGCAAGCUGUCUUGGAUUACAGGAACAAGCCAAAUCCUCAUGGCUUUAUGAUUACCCAUGUCGAAAAGUACGGGUUGGAUCCGGAAGGAAGAUAUAUGAAAUCAACCGAAAAUGGAAGCAGAGAUCUUUCGAAUAGAUCCGGCUCACGGAAUCAUUUGGUCCUAUCUACAACUGAGAUGAGUCAGGUGAAACUCGCUAAAUCCAGUCAUUGGAUCCCUUCUCAGGAAUACUCUGGAGCCGGUCGGAUUCUUCGACUUGAGCAGAUACACCACCGACAAGGAAUUAACAACAUUAUUAAAACAAGACAAUGUAUACUAUCGAUUUCAAUUUUCUGA